AUGCGGCACAGAACUGAAGUUAUUUCCAGACAUAUUGUUGGAGCAGAUGGUGUAAACUCAUUAGUACGACAAACAAUGGGUACACAAUAUGUGAAAUGGGAUUAUAAUCAAAUGGGUAUAGUUGCUACUGUUAAAUUAUCAGAGUCCACAGAAAAUAUUGUUGCAUGGCAAAGAUUUUUACCAUCUGGACCAAUAGCACUACUUCCAUUAACAAAUUGUCUUAGUUCUCUUGUAUGGUCAUUACCAACAGAUGAAGCAAAAAGACUUUUGCAAGUUUCAGAAGAAGAAUUUGUUGAUAAUUUAAAUAAUGCUUUAUGGAAAAUUUAUCCAAAAGAUGGUAUAGUUGAAAGUGGUUUGCGAGCACUUCAACAAUUACUUGAAAGUUUAUCUUUACAAACUGGAGUAGUGAGACAAUUACAACCAUCGGUAUCAGAUAUUUCAAAAGGAUCUCGUGCAGCCUUUCCUUUGCAAUUUGGUCAUUCUGUAUCUUAUGCUCAAACAGGAACUGUUUUAGUAGGUGAUGCAGCACAUAGAGUCCAUCCAUUAGCUGGUCAAGGUGUAAAUUUAGGUUUUGGAGAUGUAACAGCCUUGGUUCAACUUCUUGCAGAAGCAGUUAUAAAUGGAAUUUCUUUAGGGAACAUAAUGUAUUUAAAGAAAUAUGAAACAUUAAGACAACGAUACAAUGUUCCAAUGAUGCUUGCUAUUGAUGCACUGCAUCGAUUAUACAAAGGAACUGCAGCUCCUAUUGUACUAGCUAGAAGUUUGGGAUUACAAUUGACAAAUGCUGUCCCAGUGAUAAAGAGAGCAUUGAUAGAACAUGCAUCUGGACAAAUAAAGAAUCAGUGA